AUGUUGAGCUUUACAAGUACAGUGUAUGACCCGUUAGGAUUCGUUGGACCUUUCAUCAUGCGAGCGAAGAUAUUGUUCCAAGAACUGUGCAGACAGAAGCUAGACUGGGAUAAAGCGAUACCCAAGUAUGUCGCGGAUCAAUGGAUAAGAUGGCUUCAAGAUCUCCCUAAGAUAGCAGACUUUAAAGUUCCAAGAUGUCUGAAGCCAAGCGACAGAUUACAGGCGCCAGCCGCAUUUCAGCUACACCACUUCAGCGAUGCGUCAGAGAAAGGAUUUGGUGCAGUUACGUACUUACGCAUGGUGGAUGCAUCUGACAGGAUUCAUUGCUGCUUAGUGAUGGCAAAGAGCAGGCUAGCACCGAUAAAGCCAACAACCAUUCAAAGGCUAGAGUUGUCAGCGGCCGUAGUUGCUGUAAAGCUCGACCAGGCUUGUAGGAAGCACCUCGAGUACCCUCUGUCAGAAUCUGUGUUUUGGACAGAUAGUACUAUAGUUCUGCACUACUUGCGAAGCGAGAAAAAGAGAUUCCAGACGUUCGUAGCGAACAGAGUGGCACAGAUACAUGAAGGUUCUUCGUCGAGCAGAUGGAGACACGUUGAUACUAACAGCAAUCCUGCGGAUGAUAUCUCUAGGGGUAUGUCAGCUGACGAGAUGAUAACUGAUGAACGCUGGACGCAAGGUCCUACCUUCCUAUGGAGCAAGGAGGAGCUAUGGUCAGCCCAACCUGACUUAGGAGACAUACCUACCGCUGCAGAGAUCAAGAAGGUUAGGGAGAUUUACUCAACUACAGCUACAGAAGCUAAAGCGACCAAGACGACGGUCGACAAACGGUUUAAAAGGUUUUCGUCGUGGCAUGAACUAAAGCGAGCUGUAGCUAUUAUCCUUCGUGUGAAAGACAUUCUGAGGAAGAAGUCAGAUGUCAAACGUACUGAACCAGUCACAGUGAAAGAAAUCCAGAGAGCUGAACAAGCUAUUAUAGUCUACAUGCAGAGAAGCUGGCACGCUGACCCUACGAAGCUACAACAACUAGAGAAGCUCUCUCCCGUGAUGUCAGCGGAUGGAAUGUUAAGAGUCGGUGGCCGACUGUCGAAUGCACCACUUCCUGAUCACGACUCAGCCAAACAUCCUGCCAUUCUGCCUCCAGAUCAUCACGUGACUAAGCUGAUCAUCGAACAUUUCCACAAGAUAACUGGUUAUGCUGGUGCCGAGAGAGUCUUCGCGGAAAUUAGACAAAACUACUGGAGCAUAAAGGACCGAGUGUCGGUGAAACGAGCCGUUAGAAACUGCAUUCCCUGCAAGAAGAGGAAGCAACUACCUAGUGUGCAAUACAUGGCAGACCUACCCAGAGAUAGAGUUACCCCAAGUCAGCCACCAUUCACCGAAGUAGUUGUUGACUAUUUCGGCCCACUCAAGGUGAAAAGAGCUAGGAAAACCGAGGUGAAGAGAUAUGGGUGCCUAUUCACGUGCCUAGCCACUCGAUCAGUGCACCUUGAGGUUGCUUGCAGCCUUGACACCGAUUCGUUCAUCAACGCACUACAACGAUUUAUUGCACGACGAGGGAACCCAAAGACCAUCAGAUCCGAUAAUGGAAGCAACUUCGUAGGGGCUAAGCGGGAAUUACAUGAAGCCAUAAAGGAGUGGAAUCAGCAGAAGAUAGCCGACUACCUACUACAACAAGACGUACAGUGGAUAUUCAACCCACCAGCAGCUUCCCAUAUGGGUGGAGUAUGGGAAAGGCAAAUCCGAACCGUCCGAGCUGUUCUCUCAGGCAUCGUCAGCCAGCAAACCAUCGACGACGAGAGACUAUCAACAUUAUUCUGUAUAGUUGAAGAUAUUGUCAAUGGUAGACCACUAACGAAGUUCUCAGACGACCCUAACGACCCAGCACCAUUAACACCGAACCACCUGCUGCUGCUGAGAUCGGGGCCAGACUUACCACCCGGAAAGUUUGUCCAGCAGGACACUUAUAGACAGAGAUGGCGCCAAGUCCAGUACUUAGCGGACGUAUUUUGGACCAGGUGGAUUAAGGAGUAUCUGCCCACCCUACAGGAGAGGCAGAAGCGGCUGAAGCGCGAGAGGAACUUCCAGAAGGGAGACUUGGUGCUUCUCGUGAAUGAGACUACUCCACGUUACCAGUGGCCUCUGGGGCUGAUCACCCAGACUUACCCAUCCGGUGAUGGAUUGGUCAGGUAUGCGCAAAUCAAGACACAGAAUGGACUUUACACGAGACCUGUGCACAAGCUGGGCCUACUUGAAGCGGAGCUAGUGUGA